CGUUCGUACGGCCGCGACGCAACGCGCCGCGACGGUAACGCGGUCCCCGCUAGCAAAUGUGAUCCGCUCGCUCUCGGGUCCAUUCAGUUCGUACUCGCUUCGUCCAUCUAUCGCUCGAAAUACGCUGUGCGCGACAAUCGGCAGUGCCCCGGCAGCGUCGCGACACACCCCGGCGAACGUAACUCACGUCGAACUCGUUCACCUAUGCCGCGAAGCUCGCGAAUUCCUUCGUGCUUGGUUGCGCGAGAGAUCUUUGGUUAGUCGCGCCUCCCCGUCCGCCUCCGACACCUCUCACUGUGCGCGAACUCCCUGCGACGACGCGCCACGUGGUCACCCUGUUCGUCCGGGUGUAACCACGUUGCCGAUAGCCCGAGUUUUGGUGACUCACGCUCGCAUUAUAACCGGUAGAAACUCGAUCCGAGCGACGUUAGUAUAUCCAUCAAACAACAAUGGCAGAUAUCGAGGAUACUCAUUUUGAGACCGGAGAUUCAGGCGCCUCCGUGACAUACCCUCAACAGUGUUCAGCACUGCGCAAAAAUGGUUUCGUCAUGUUAAAAUCACGUCCGUGCAAGAUUGUAGAAAUGUCGACUUCUAAGACUGGCAAGCACGGUCAUGCUAAGGUUCAUUUAGUAGGUAUCGACAUAUUCACCUCCAAGAAGUAUGAGGAUAUCUGCCCCUCCACACACAAUAUGGAUGUGCCGUUUGUUAAGCGGGAAGAUUACCAGCUUACAGAUAUAUCUGACGAUGGCUAUCUCUGUCUGAUGGCUGAUAAUGGAGAACUGCGCGAAGAUCUCAAGAUACCUGAUGGUGAUUUGGGAACACAGCUGCGUGCUGAUUACGAAUCUGGAAAAGAGUUACUUUGCACUGUACUCAAGGCAUGCGGUGAGGAGGUAGUAAUCGCCGUCAAAAAUAACACCUCCCUCGACAAAUAAUUGUGUUCAGCCCGAUUACGACGACAGAGAAGCCCAACACAUUCGAGCAAAAACCACCCGCUUAGCCAAUCAAUCAACACCUUUACUAUUGGUCAAACAGGAUAAAAACAACAAUAAUAUAACCAAAAAAUCUAGAGGAAGAUGAUGAAGAGAGUGGGAGAGCGAAAGAAAAAAAGAGAGAAAGAGAAAGAAUGUCUGAGAGAGAGAAAGAAAAUAGAAAAUGAGAGAGUGAGAGAGAGAGAGAGAGAGUGAGAAGGGGGAGAAAGCAAAACGGGCUAGCAGUUCCAUAUAACAACAGCAACGCGCGAGAAACGACUUUUACCGAAAUAAUAUAUCCGCUUUACUUAAUUAUUUUAUCCAACAAUAUUUAAAUAAAUCCGGGACAACAAAAACUAGGUAUACGUACAGUUAUAUACACUUAUACAUAUAUACAUACACAUAUACACAUACAGAUACAUACAAAUACACUUACACGUGUACCUAGUAAUUACACACGCGUUGUUUGUUAUAUAAGAAAGUGGCGACACUUCAGCAGAUAGUUGAUUGGGAAAUAAAAACUGAGAAAGCCUUGAGACACAUCCUGGACCUUUUUUUUUUUAAAGAAUAGAGAGAAAGAAAUUAUUUACAACAGCUUUGUAACUUAUUACACUUAUGUGUGUGAGUGAGAGAGAGAGAAAGAGUACAUGAGAGAAUGCGAGAGAGAAAAUUGUUGGAGACCAAUAUGAAGAGGUCGUAGGAAAAGGACCUUGGAGUCCUUGAGCGCGCGCGCGGAACAAUUUUUCAUGGGAUGCUAGCGAUGCCCGACACGAAGCAGCUCACUUCAAGCAUCUUUCCUGUAAUGAUCGAUAAGACUGGAGUUUCGCUAUAUGGAAUUUCUACAGAAUGCUAAAGGUUUCUUUCUUUUUUAUGGAAAGAACUCGAGUUCUCGAGAUUUUUAGGUCUAAUUAUACUUAUAAAAAUCGAAGUUUAUACGGUCUGAAUAUCUAAAAGGGUUAAGAACUUCAAAGUUCUACCUUUAGAGAAUUAAAAAAAUUUGCGGGUUUUAAACUAAAACAUACAAAAUAUUUCAAGUCUUAAAAAUUUGAGAAUUUUACAAUAAAAAAGUCUAGCAUUCGAAUUUCUAGAAAAUCUUAGAAAUUCGGAAAAUCGAUAAGAUAUGAAGUGCUUAAUAUUCACACAUUUGAAAAAAUUGAUAGAUUCCGAGAAUGAGAUUACAUUCAUGAAUUUGGAAUCUGAAUUUAAAUAUCUUAAAAUAUUUAGAUAGUGCAAGCAUUUCGAUAUUUAUCGUAUUUUAUUAAAAAUCGCAAAAUGCAGAGACUUUAAAAUAGAAAUAGUUUGUAUGAGAAAAUAUGUUACGAUUU